UUCAAUUUCGAAUUAGGGUACAUCAGUUUCAACUUUCAAUCCUGCAAGAUGAAGUCUCUCCUUCUUGCUAUCUGUCUCAUUGUUGCUGUAAAUGGCAGGUGUAGCCCCAACAUUUGUUCAAGGGUCCGAUGCCGUGGCGUGACACCAGCCGAGUGCCAAGAUGGCAUCAUUGAUCCCAAUGGAGGUUACUGCGGUUGCUGCCCCAAAUGUGUUAAGACAGCUCUUUACGAGGCCAAAGAAACAUGCAAGGAUAAAAGAACUAGACUACAAGAAACUGUCAACAAAGCAGGCCGUCCAAUUCUAGGACUUAGUCUCCCUACGUGCAAUGAGGAUGGUUCAUUUGCUCCUAAGCAAUGCAAAGGUUCUGUGUGUGUUUGUGUUGAUAGAUCAGGGAAACAAAUUGAUGGCUUCAUGUCUAAGAUAUGGCUCUCUAAAGAUAUGAAUUGUAAAUGUGCAGUGGACCGUGACGCAUACCAACAGAAGGGCAUUAGAGGAAAGACAUUCAGAUGUGUUUUAGUAGAUAAACAGGGUGGGAAGGUUAUAAAGAAAAAACUAUUGAGACUUUGUAAAUGUGGCUCAGGCUGGUUCAUAAUUGGAUUAAUACUAUUCAUAGUAGGAAUUAUCUUAUUGGUUUACUACACUAAAUAUUGGAACACUGAAAGAUGGGAAAGGGGUUUAGCCUAUGCUGGUGUAGGUCUACUGAUUAUUGGUCUUAUAAUCACUACAGUAGGAAUAGUAUUUUGUGUUGCACUUGGUGUCGUGUACAGGAAAAGAGAAGCCAGUUCUGUUAAAAUGUUUGUACCACCAAAAUAUUCAUAUGGCGAGGCACCCUAUCCCCAACAGAACUGGGGUGAUGCUAAAAAUCCACAUGGCCCUCCCACAGAUGGAGGAGCUCAUCCUGCUGCGUCGCCUACUGCACCCCCUGCGGGAAUGGUCGCACCAGAACAAAUACAGAUUGACGAUAGUAAAGGAGUCUAG